AUGACAGUUGGCUCCACUACCCCUUCAUGGUCCUUUCUUCAGCGUGGACGGAUGGUCAUCUUAAACCCAUUCCUGUGCCGUCUCAUUUCCAUGGACAGAUGGCCCUCUGAAUUUGCCAUCUCCUUCACUCUCGUCAGACCAACACAGCCCUUCGAUAGAGUCACAUUUUCACCUGAAUUUUUCAUGUCAUUCAUGGGCUGGUGGGACAAUCCUUUCAUGGAUGCUAGCACCAAGAUCGCUUUCCACUCUACUCCCCUGAACACAGUAUUCAACUUGUCUACUGAUAAAUAUGUCCAAUCGGAAGAUCUCAAGCACACUGAUAAUAAUGUCCAUUCGGAAUAUUUCAACCCCCCUCCUGGCCAGCCCAGUCAGUAA